UCAAGUCCUGGUUAUGUGACCACGGACUCCAGGCAGACAAUCUCUGAAGAGUGUUGAAAACGUCUUGUAAAGACACUGCUCGGAAGGAGGCAAAGGCAAACCACUUUUGUAGAAAACUUUUGCAAGAACAAUCAGUCAUGAUCGCCCAAGGCUCAUUAUAAUGACGAUUCUUCACCCAUCCCAGCCCCUCCCCGGCUUGUUUUCGGAUGAAUUUCAGUAAGGAACCAAUCCCGGUGUCGCUGAGUGGAAAAUCCGUUUGAAAAGAAGUACACUAGGUUGAGACUGCCCCGGUGGGUGGAGAGUGCAAGUGCGGUAGCCAAUCGCCUCUGGAGUCGGGAUGUUUGAAUGCUUUGUAUCUGUAGCCGGGACAGGAGCUUUGAGGCGGGGUUGAUGUCCGCUGAGGAACGUUAGCCUGUUAACGCGGGGCUUUGGUGGGGGGAAGGGACACCCAGAAGACCAGAAGGUUUCAGGACAGCUUACAGAAACUUUAAUAAGGUUUCGAAGCCAACCAGUACUUUCCCGGAGGAAAGUUUUGCUGUUGGCAGCAGCGAAAGCCACCGGUCCAGUAGCGAGGGUCCCUGCGGCCGCUCAGCCCGUCCCAACCAUGAAUGACUCGCAGUGCCUGGACGACUUCCCGGUGGUGUCGCGAUGGACGGCGGCGGCCAAGCAGGAGGUGGGCGUGCGGGACUUCUACAGCGAGAGCCAGCGGCUGGCGCUGGAGGAAUUAGUGGCCGGCGGUCCAGAGGCUUACCGUGCCUUCCUGCACCGGGAGAAGAUGCCGGGCUUCCUGUCGGCCGACGAGAUCGCCGAUAUCCUGGGCUCCGCCGUUAGACCCUCCGAGUUGUGCGGCGAGUCCCUCGACCAGUCUUUCUGCGACUCCCAGGGCACCGGGACCUACUUCCCCGAUGUCUCGGACGUGGCGGUUCCCGACCUGGAGUUGGGCUGGCCGGUCUUCCCGCACAACUGGUACCGAGGGAUGACCCAGGUGGAAGUGUACUUCCAGCCCAGCUACGGGGAGCUCAUCUACAGCUGUAAGGAGGCGAUCAGGAACCUCAUCAGGAAGGCGGAGAAGGUUAUUGCACUGGUCAUGGACUCGUUCACAGAUAUCGACAUUCUCCAGGACCUCCACGAAGUCAGUAGAAGGAAACGGAUCCCUGUCUAUAUUCUUCUAGAUGAGUCUGGCCUCCCACAGUUUCAGCAGAUGUGUCGGGAUGCUGGUGUCUGGGUGGAGGAGGAGAGGAAGAUGAGAGUGCGCACAUUGAAGGGGUGUACGUACUACACCAGAAAAGGAGCCAAGGUUAUUGGCAAAGUCCAUGAAAAAUUCAUGUUAAUUGAUUGUGAAAAAGUAGCUACAGGCUCCUACAGCUUCACUUGGACAGACGGCAAGCUGAACCGCAGUAAUCUGACGGUGCUAUCGGGGCAGUUGUCUGAGUACUACGAUGAGGAGUUCAGGAUACUGUAUGCGCAGUCCGAGCCAAUACCACCCGGGUACAUCAGCUACAGCAACCGUGAGAAGCUUGCCCUGGACAGAUUGCAGUCCAAAAAUCCCCCAGUCGCAAACGCCUUAAGACUCGAAACUGUGGAGCGUUCUCCGGAUAAGCGCGAGCCUGCUGAGAAAAGGCCGCGCCUGCAGAGUGCUGUCCAUUCCAUGGAGCAGUGCAGGUGUGAAGCGUCGACCCAGGCUGGUGACGCCCUACCGGUGAAUAAGGAGGUGAAGAGUGUUUCUACGCAGACCGAGCUGGAAUGGGUGUCGGUGCCUGGAACUUUUACGCAAGCCUGUGCUUCAGUGAAGGAGAUGGAGACCCAGACUUCAUUCUUCUCAAAGCCAUCAGCAGCCCUCACACCCACUGCCACCAGGGUCGUUAAACGCGCUCAGAUAAUAGCUUCUUCAGUGCAGGAGUCGCCCACAGAGGUGACUGGCAGAGAGUCAACUGACUCGACCGAUCAGCCUUCUGCCUCCACCACAGAAUCCACCAAUAGUUCAAGUACUUUGUCUGGUAACUCCAUUUCCGAAAGUUGCCCCAAAGCUGCCCGGUAUCCCUACAUGGACCUCUACUGUGCUGACUCCUCUUCUCUGAAAGACACCUUUCACAAGCUGACCACAGAACGGCAGCUGCAUUACUCUACCGUUCGCUCAAAGCUGAACAACAUGGUUGCCAUCCUCUCCAGGACCCGACACCCCGAUGUUAUCCACAGCCAAGGGCAAGGCCAGUACAUCAUGAGGGAUAAGAGAGAGCUGAUGAGCCGGGUGUUUCGAUUCAGAGAUGCGCCUGUACUGUCUUCCUUCGCACUAAGAAAUUGACCGCUGUUUUUGAGUCUGCCCAGUCACCUCUGCAAUUAAAUAAUCGCAGGGCGUGCAAUGAAUUCUUCAACAAUGAAAUUAGAAUAUUUGAUUCUUGGGUAAAUCCUGCAGAUUAAAAUUCCAGCUGCUCUUACCAGACUUCAUUUCUUCACACAAAGGAACAGGUUGUCAAUGGUUUGGAUGCAUUAUUUUUUUUUUGGAAUCACUGUCAUUCCUUUUAUUCAAAGAAGGGGCUUUUUAACCCCUUUGUUUCAGCUGCACACCAGAGUUUAGCUGUCUUGCCUCUGAAUGGAAAAAUCAUGGUUUCUAGCCCCACUCAAGCUUGCCGAUGAGCUCUACAUUGCCUCUCUCGGAUGAGAUGUCAGAUUGGGACUCCUGUCACCAUUUGCCUCCAAGAGCAAGAUGUGAAAGAUGCCAUGGGAAGCUCGUUUGAUUUGUAUAACCACUUCAUCAACGAUGCCUUUUCUCCCCUUUUACCUGUAGUUUUAUUUCGAUCAUCAAUAUACUCAUGAUGGAGUCGAGAGUUUGAAACUGUUGUUGUAGAAACUGGAAAUGAUCCUGGGGUGGAUUAUGGUAACACUGAAGAAAUAUUCACCUGGAGGACUUGAAUGAAUUUGCAUUUGUUUCAUAGGAAAAAAAAUUGGAAAAUUUUGAAAUACAUUAUUUCAAUUUUGAGGGUCAGAAAACGGUUUUGGUACAUAAUUAACUUUACUGCUUUGUAACCUGACUGCACUGUAAUGAAGAACAUUUGAGCCUCCAGGGCUUAAGGAUGAAGGGAAAGGAAUUCUUUCCCUUGGCCUUGAUUGCUUUGUCUGCAGAUUCAGGAACUUACAUCCAUAAUCACUCAAAAAGCAGAUAAAUGUGUGUUUUUUUUCAGAGUACAAUCACAAUGUGCAUAAAUUUUUUUAAUGUGGGAUAUGAUUUAUAAUUUAUUGAUAUGCAUGGUCUUCCUCCUAUUCAGAGUUUUAACCAAUCCUUUUGAUGUAUCCUACUUUUCUCUUUAUCAUUAUAUCCUCUUUCUGUCUUGCCACCACUCAUUCCCCAUUGUUUAUCCAACUGCCCCUUUAAUACAUCUGUAUCAGGAGUUUCUCACCCUGGGGUCCACGGACCCCUUGCUUACUGGCUGGGAGCCCCUGAUCUGUGUGGUUCACUUUACUCAGGCCUCAUUGAAUUGAGCUCCAUAUUUACCCACUCUUGGAAGAAAUGUUACUCAUCCGGUACUAGAUCCUUUUUUUUAAACUCAUAAAAUGUUUAACUUCAUUUAUUAGCCUUGUGAUCUUCAGUUUUGGGCUCUCAGCCUCUGCCAAAUUUACCACUUGUACAUUAUUGACCUUAUUAGCCCAAGUUUUAGAUUCACCCCUGUCUCAAAUUACCACUUAUACUUUCAUUAAUUUUAAAUGCAGAUAGAUGAAUUUAUUUUGGGGUGUCAUAAGACCAGAACCCCUUGUUAAACUUGCAUGCAGAAUUUUUCUUUUAAAAAGUAAAACUUUUUUUGUUCGCGCUGGAUUCAAAGUUGGCUGCUUGUCAGUUGAGCGUUGAAUAGAACCCAGCUCGGAGAUCUCUUCAUUCUGCCAGAAUGACUAGGCCCCAAUUGCCACACAAGGUGAAAGGGGUUUUCCCGAGUAUCAGUGAUUGCCCAGAUCUCCUGAGCUGUCAGUUAAAGCCUUGCUGGGGCUUUAACUUCAUAUAGAGCCUUAGGACUGCUGUUAGAGCAGGGCUUCCCAACCUGGGGUCCACAGACCCCUCUGUCAAUGGUAGGGGUCUACGGCAUAAAAAAGAUUGGAAAGCCCUGCUUUGGAGGAUAUUAACUGUACAUUUACAGAUGCUGAAUGAAGCUUUCCAUCCAUCUGUCAGAGGUUGCUUGCUCUGCUCCAUCCCAGAAUGCCUGCCCGGUGUCUGGGUCACUGAGCAAGCCAAAACUCCUGAAUCAUAAGUGUUUACAGUGACCUAGCUCUUUCCAUAUUUGUGAUUAAUAGCAGGAUUAAUUUAUAAAAAUGUUUUUUCCUAUUUUCAGUGGCACUGUAAUGCUUCCCCUUACCUAUUUCCUACCGACCCAAACUCCACAGAAACUGAGCUAAAACUCAUUCAUUGUUUUCCAUAACAUCAACUCCGAGCUGUUCCUAAUCUUGACGUUGAGGCAAAUACAUUGCAUUGUUCUCUUGACAUAAAAGUUAGACGAACCACCAUGCCUUACCAAGAACGUUUUCUUUGAUGUUUAUACUUUGCAUUUAAAUAGGAGGUGACGAUAUAGUGGACAUUGGUUGCUGCUAAUGGUGGGUUCACUGGUUGUACUGUCAAUUAUGUUUUAUUUGUCUUUGUGGGCCUGCUGGAGCAACAUUGAAAAGGGAUUGUAAGUCACUGCUGCUCCCAGUUUGUAGGUAGAAACAGCCACUGAAUUCCAAAUUAUUGGAGCCCGGAUCAUUGGGGAUCUUUACAACAAAGGAUUGAGAACUGAUCAAAGACACAGCUUCAGCUGCAGUGAUUUUGGACAGAGAAUAGGAUUAUUGAACAAUGUAACUGCCCUACUCCCAUAUUGAGUCUACUUCAUGACAAGAGCCUCUUUUUAAUCUGAAGCUGACAAUUAUUUUUAUGAAAACUGUUUAAUUAUAAUUCUUUUGAGGACUCUAAUUUCAGAAUUUCUGAUUUAAAUUUGUAUUGUGGCUGAUGGGAGAGAAAAAAAAAUAAAAAAAAUAUAUAUGUGGGGGUUUUGUUGCAAGACUUGACUGUCUCUUGCAGGUGAUAACUGACUUGCCGAGUAUUUCUGACAUUUUUCAUUUAAGUGCCAAGUACCAGUAUCUGGUAUUUUGCUUUUUGUAUUGUGGUGGUGGUUUGGCAACUGAGAUGCAUUUACUUAGACUGUCUUUAUGUUGGUGGUUGGCUUAAGCUAAACACAGUAGUUUUUAAUAAAGUCUAUAUUGGAAGGAUAAAAAUUCUUUUCAUUUUU